GAACUAUCUUGAAACAUUUAUUUCCAAUCCAAAAUGGAGCUUUAUAUUGUGUUUGUCAUAAAUCCACACACUCUUCUCUUCCAGAUGACUAUAAUUGCAAAGUAGAACUUGCUUUGACAUCUGAUGGCAGGACGAUAGUUUGCUACCAUCCUUCUUUGGAUAUUCCAUAUGAACACACCAGACCUAUCCCUCGGCCAGAUCCUGUGCAUAAUUAUGAAGAAACACAGAAUCAAAUACUGAAAACCAGAUUAGAAGAAAAAGAUGAACACUUUGAGUAAGGAUUCAUGAUAGAACAACUUAGCAAAAUGUUCUUUACUACUCAGCACCGUUGGUAUCCUCGUGGACAGAAUCAUACACAUCAAAAGACAGAUGAUAUUGAGGUUUCCAGUAAAAUGCUAUCCUGCUCAUUUUUCAUUUGAGAAAAUGUAAUCAGCUGGUGUGGCUCAGUGGUUGAGCAUCGACCCAUGUACCAGGAGGUCUCCAGUUUCAUUCCAGGUUUGACUCCAGCAUCUACUGUUGACACUACUACUAGUUCGAGCACCAUGCUGUAUAUAUCAAUAUCAAAUUUUUCCACUUCUGCUGCUACUUGGUUCUCAUCUAAUGUGAAUAGGAAGAGUUGGGCGUAUUGCCAAGCAUGUCUAAAGGGAAGAAGCCUUAUUAUCCAUCUACACCAUCAACAACUACCAUCACCACCACUACCACCACCACCACAACCACUAGUAAAUUUACCUUCAGUCGAAAACCACCGAUAUCAACUGGGAUUAAGUACACUAUUCCAGUCGGUUUGGCUCCUAUACCUUUAACUUCAACUGUUAAGUAAGCCUGUUAUUUGAAAAUAUAGAGUGAGCAGCCGAAACGAGUAACAUCCAGCCCGACUUGGCAGAGGAGAUUCAGCUGGGAGACAGUUUGCAGCCGGGAAAGGCAGAGGACUCCCGGAGAAAGUCUGAUCAUAACUCCUGUGAUGACAUAUCAUCAGCUGGACAAUCUGAUAAAUAAGUGGAACCUUGAAUUAGAGGAUCAAGAGAAGCACUCUCUUUAUCAGACCACCCAGGUCAAUUCUUGGGACCAUACAUUGAUUGAGAAUGGUGAAAAGAUUACUGUUUCACAUGGAGAAGUGGAAAAAGUGAAAUUGGAUAGAAAAAGGCUAGAAAAUGAAUCGGAUUUUCUCCUGUCGCAGCAGAAGGAAAUAGAAGAUCCCUGGAUCCCUUUAGAGGAGUCUUUGAAGGACCAGAGUAGUUCUGUUUAUCAGAAGUAUGAAGACGAGGAGCAUGAGAGGAUUUACAAAUUAACAGAAAAUAUAGAUGUUCAGUUGAAACAAAUGGCACAGGAUCUCAAGAACAUUAUUGAACACCUGAAUAUAUUUGAAAAACCUGCUGACACUAUUGACCUGCUCAAACAGAUCAGCAGAAUUCUGAAUGCUCAUAUGGACUCUCUAGAGCGGAUUAGUCAGAAUCCAGGCAUGCUGCAAAGGAAGGUAGAAGAGGUAGCACAGGUUUUCCAGAAUCGUCUUCACAAGGAGCAAGAACACAAUGUCAGGAUGGCUUUUAAUUGAAUGACCAUAUCUUCAGCGUGUUAUUUUUGGUUUAUACAUUAUUUAAAAAUUU